UAAAUCCGCGGAGAGGUUGGGGAGACUGGAAGCACUACGCGGGCGUCGGCGGCAACGCCGGCAUCGGGCAUAUAGCGAGCACGCCGACGGCCGCGUCCUCUCAGUCGGCGAGGACGCUCCAGCGACGCUCCAGCCCGGAGAGAUAAGAACUUGAGAGCAGCGCCGAGCGCCGCCCCGUCAGUGCGGAGCUAUUCCGGAUCAGUCUUGAACCUUGCGAUGGAGGCCCUGCCGCUGCUGGUGUUGUUGUUGGUGUCACUGGCGUCGCUCGCCGGAGCCGCCGAGGACGAGAAGAAGACCAACGACUUCAAGAACCUGCUCGGCGACCACCCGGAGCUCGGCGUGCACCCCGAAGGCACGCCCCGGAAGGUGCGGCAGUCCUACGCCAACGGCUACGGAUACAACGGCAACGGCUGGGGCGGCAGUGGCGGAGGCUGGGGUGGUAGCAGUAGCGGCUGGGGCGGUAGUGGCUGGGGCGGUAGUGGCUGGGGCGGCAGUGGCUGGGGUGGUAGCGGUAGUGGCUGGGGGAACCGUGGGGGCUGGGGUAGUGGGCCCAGCUCUGGAGGAUGGGGUAACUCAGGGCGCGGAGGCUGGGGUGGCCCUGGUGGCUGGGGUAACUCAGGUGGCUGGGGUAACUCAGGUGGUGGGUGGGGUAACUCAGGUAACAGGUGGGGUGGCUCGAGUGGCUGGGGUAACGGUGGGAGCUGGAACCGCGGCUGGGGUAACAGCAACGGGUGGGGUAGCGGCGGCGGUUGGGGAGGCGGCAUGUACACGGGUAAUGGUUGGGGCGGCCGCUACCAGUAUGGCAACGGUGGCUAUGGCGGCUAUGGUGGCUAUGGCGGCUAUGGCGGCUACGGUGGUCGCGGCUACGGCGGCGGCUACGGCGGCGGCUACGGCGGCGGCUACGGCGGCGGCUACGGCGGUUUCGGCGGAUUUGGCGGCUACGGAGGCUUUGGCGGUAUGGGUGGCCCACCCAGCACCAUCCGCCCCGACGGCUUCGGCUACAUAAUGAUCGACGGGCCGGGGGUGUCCGGCUACCAGGCCACCUACCCGGGUGGCCAGGCCCGCGUCGUGCAGUACGGCGCGUCGAGAUACGCACCGAGCUUCGGAGAUCGCUACUUCAAAUGACACGCUUCCCCUCGACACGCCUCGACACACUGUGAAGGAGGAAGCCCGGAAAGUCCGCCGCCAACUCGCGCUGUGAAAAAGAACAAGUUCUCAAUAAAAAGCGAAUUAUGAGCUGUUUUCUUUACGUUC